AUGGCGAUAGUGGCUGCGGUUGGUUGGAUGCCGGCAGACGGAAUCGCGACGGCAUAUACCGGCGACUGCGCUGUAGCUGCUCGAUGGACAACCGCUAUACAUCUGCUUAUCAACUUGCUGAGCAGCUUGCUGCUGGGCGCCAGCAAUUAUUGUAUGCAGCGGCUAGUUGCACCCACAAGGAAGGAGAUUGAUAGCGCGCACGCUCAGAAGAAAUGGUUGGACAUCGGCGUGCCGAGUGUCAGAAACUUGACCUUAAUCAGCAAAGCGAGAAUGGCACUUUGGGUACUCCUGGUUUUGAGCAGCGUGCCUUUGCACUUUCUCUACAACUCGGUCGUGUUCGAAACAUUAGCAGCCAACGACGUCGACUUCCUCGUGGUGGCACCCGAAUUCUUUACAGUCAAGCAUAGUUGGAGCCCCUUGAUGUUUAAUUCGACAGGCGACAACUAUAUUACUAGACUGCAGGAGACUGUCCUAGAUGACAAGUACCUUGAUCGGUCAGUUUUCGAAAACAUCACGGGAGCUGAAUGUCUCCAACGCUAUAGCGCAUCCUUUAUUACUGGCGGAGGGACGGUCUUCGCCGUUCCGGUCCCUGACUUUCUAGCGAUGAGAGGCAUGAAUGCUUCGGAUUCACUGUCGUGGGCCACCUCGGGUAGUGGGGAGAUUGUGUCGGAGGUUGACUACUCGUACUGUUUGAGCCAAAUUGUGCCGUCCAAAUGUCAGGUGCAAUUCAGUUUGACAAUCCUCUACGUCGUUAUCGCGAGCAACAUCCUCAAAAUCCUGGUUAUGAUUCUCAUACUAUGGCGCCUCAACCAGGAGACCGUCGUCACAGUUGGAGACGCCAUCAAAUCCUUCCUUCAGCUACCUGAUACCACCACCGAGGACUGCUGUCUCAUGUCACGCCGGAACGUCGACAGAGUGUGGAAAGUGCCUGCAGUCCGUUCGAGCCAGCGCUUCCAACCCAAGCACAGGGAGUCAUGGUUUGGAGCAUGUAGCACAAGGAGGUGGAUUGUUUCUCUGUUUUCGUAUGCCGUCGUGAUCACCCUCGCUGGCUGGCUGUACAGUUUAGCGGCGAUUCAAGGCGAGGAGUACGGGCGAAACGGAUUCGGCAGGGUCAAUGUCAACUAUCUCAUCGAUGUUUUCCUCCCAGGCGGUCAGACAUCCAUCAUUCCCUACGUCCUGUUGGCCAAUUUGCCGCAGGCCGUGAUUUCCUUCCUCUAUCUUACCUACAACGGCCUCUUCACGUGCAUGCUCGCCAAUCGCGAGUGGUCGCAAUAUUCCGUCAAGCGAGCAACACUCCGUGUGACGCUCCCUUCCGGAACUCAACGCUCGACGUAUUUCUUGCAGCUCCCCUAUAGCUUCAGCGUCCCGCUUCUCCUCGCAAGCGUCCUCCUCCACUGGUUCGUCUCGCAGUCUAUCUUCCUAGCCCGUGUCGCCGUGUACAAGGACGGCACGCUGGUCACUAUGGCAGAUCGCUUGGGUAUGUACAAGCAUCUUUCUAAAUCCGGAAACGGCGUCUUCUCUGGAGUGGGAUACUCAAACACCGCCCUUGUGGCGAGUAUCGUGUGGGGCUCCGUUCUUGUCGCGACCUGCCUGCUCGUUGCUGGAAUCUGUACAUACCCCAAGGGGCUGCCGAUUGGCGGGACGAAUAGUGCGGUAAUCAGCGCGGCGUGCCAUGUGAAGUAUGAGGAUGAAGCAGUGGAAAAGGGGGGUGAAGACAUCGCAAAACGACCGUUGAAAUGGGGCGUUACGAUUGCGGGUGGGAGGGAGCAGAUCGGACAUUGCUGCUUCAGCAGUGAUGAGGUGGAGGACCCGAAAGUUGGGUUCCUUUACGCUGGUGCCCGGGUGAGGGCGAAAGAUGCGUGA